UCCAGAAAUCUCUCUCUCUCUCUCUCUCUCUCUCUCUCUCUCUCAGUUGAAGAAAUCCUCCAUGGCCGUUCCAACUCACUCUGGACUCGCUCUCGUCGUCCUCCUGACUCUCGUCAUCUCCCAAACCACCGCCAUCACCCAACCCCCUCUGCAAGAAGACCACCGCUCAUCGACAAGUCCCUCAUACCCACCGAGUCAAGACCUCCAUGACUCGUCCACCUCCACCAACACCAUCUCCCACGGGCUCCUGGCCCCGAUCCUCGGCAACCUCGGGUUCCAGGAACUCGCCCUGGCCGUGCCUUCCCUCUCCCAGUCCUCCCUCACACGAUGGGUGGGGCCCGCCACCGUCUUCGCCCCAGCCGACGAUUCGAUCCGCACGUGCCCGGCCUGCUCCGUCCCUCGCAUCCUCCGCGAGCACAUUGUCCCCGGCGUCUUCUCCCUUCGCUACCUCUCCAAGCUCGCCUUCGGCACCAAGAUCGAGACGAUCAGCCCCGAACGCUGCAUCACUGUCACCACCUCGAUCUCAGCCGUCGACAACGUCACCAGGAUCUUCGUCGAUGGCGUCGAGAUCACCCAGCCCGAUCUCUUCAACGACGGCACGAUCGUCAUCCACGGUCUCCGGGGCUACAUCUCCACUCUCUCCCCUCUCUCCUGCAAGAGAGAGAGGAUGCCGAACCCUCUCUCCUCGCCCCCUUCCCUCGCUUCCGCAGCUGCCUCCUCUAUCGUGCGCCUGAUGCUGCGGGACGCUAUGCUGCGCCUGAGGGACACUGGGUACAGCGUCCUCUCCCUUGCGCUGAGGGUGAAGUACGCCGAGCUGUUGAACCUCCAGAACAUGACGAUCUUCGCGCUGGACGACGCCUCGAUCUUCGCAGGGGGGCACUCGUACGUUAGCAACGUGCGCUUCCACAUCGUGCCCAACCGGUUCCUGAUGCACGCGGAUCUGCUCCGCAUGCCGGUGGGGACCACUCUGCAGACGCUGGUGCACGGGCAGGCCCUGGUGCUAACGGGCGCCGCGGAUGCGCUGAGGAUCAACUACGUCCCGCUGAAGAUCCCUGACGCGAUGUACAAUCUCAAGAUCGUCGUGCACAACAUCUUCCUGCCGUUCCCGCAUCUGCAACUGAUGCCGUUUGGAGCGUCGGAGGUGGCGAACGACAAUGGGAUCUUUGAAUCAUCGGUGAGCGAGAGACGCCAUGAGGCGUGCUCGAUGGCGCCGGCGGUGGUGCCGAUGGUCGAGGCGGAAGAUGAUGGCCUGUGAGCUUGGGUUCUAUACUGUGAUUCCAUUCUCGAUUCCCUGUUUGUCUUCCUUUCUUUUUUAGGUUUCUGUUCUGCGUUUGGACGGUCGACACGUGAGACGCUGAUUUCUCCGUGAAUUUCAUUUUCUGUUUGUGAAGUGCAUUCUGUGGGAGUUUUUUUGUGGCCAUCUUGCAUUUUGGGAUGCUGUUACGCCUACAAUGGUUGUUGGCUGUGGGAAGUUUAUGUACUGUUUUCUGUGAACUGGACUUUACGCUCUGUUGAAUUGGACUCUCGUUGCUGGCUGCUUCUUUGGUA